AGAGACACUCGGUGCAGGAGGCUGAGUGAGAAGGGGAGCACUAAGACCCAGGGGUAGUGGAGGACUGCAGCAACGAGCUGGAGGAGGAGAAGGAAGGCCCGGCGACUGAAGCAGGCAAAGGAGGAGGCACAGAUGGAGGUGGAGCAAUACCGCAGAGAGCGAGAGCACGAAUUCCAGAGCAAGCAGCAGGCGGCCAUGGGCUCCCAGGGGAACCUGUCUGCUGAGGUGGAGCAGGCUACAAGGCACCAGGUGCAGGGCAUGCAGAGCUCCCAGCAAAGAAACCGAGAGCGUGUCCUGGCCCAGCUUCUUGGCAUGGUCUGCGACGUCAGGCCCCAGGUCCACCCCAACUACCGGAUUUCUGCCUAGGGCCACCGUAGGGCCUGACUCCUUCUGCCAGUUCCCUCCCUCAAAGAAAUCCUCCAAUUAAAAUCACCUCCCACCAUAAUCCCUGUCUUCUUUCCAUCCCCUAGAAAUCCUGGGAGGCAGGAUCCAAUAAUUUUCCUGUGACACUUAUAAAUAUCCUGCUCACAUCUGAAUCUCCUUGUUGUUCUUUAACCCUCACUGGGACUUUGUAAACUUCCAAGUCAUUCUCACCUAAACCCUCUGUGAAAUUUGUAAUAUGGGGAAGUAGGAAUGUGGAAAACAUCCUGACUUCAGUGUCUGGCAGAUGUGGGUCCCUCUCUUGACUUGCUGGCUGUGAAACCAGGACAAGCUACUUAACUUGGUAGCCUCGAUGUCCUCCUCUGUGAAACUGGGAUGAUAAUAAUGCCUACCUUGUGAGGGUUGCUUCAAUGAUUAGGAAUCAUUCUGUAAAGUCUAGCACAGUUCCUUGCAUGUUGUAGCAGUGAUUCAGUAAGUAGCAACCCUGUGAUACUAUUACCACCACCUGCUCACUGGUCAAAACCUACACAGCUGUUUCCUCACGUCCAUCACUGGCUCUCUAAUUCCAUUUGUUCAUUCUGUGACCCUAGUUAUUUUCUGAAUAAUUGGUUCUUCUCUUUUCCCAGAGACCUUCUGAUCUCCAAAAAGAGGAGAUGACUACAUUUAGCCCCUCUCUUAUAAUUCCAGGUAGAUAACUGCGUUUUGUAGCCUCUCUUUGUUUUUCUUUUGCUGAUCUUUGUCUUUAUUAGAUUUUCCUCCUUUCCUAUUUCCCCAAAGACUUAUCAGAUGCUCAUUGCUUUCUAAGAUCUAAAAUGAUACUGUGUUCCCUCAUAUGCAUGCCCUUCCUUUCUAUAUCCUUGACACCUUACUUUCCCAUUGUAACAAUAAAAAAAGUAUCAAUAAAAUAAUUAUCAGCAAAUAAAUUGGUGAGUUGAA